CUGUCACUUCGCCGAGAGCCGUGGAAAACCCUGCGGAAGACCUCAGCGCCCAGAGGCGUCUUUCCCUUUCUUCCCUCGCCUUCCAUGACCAUCGUUCCGUGGCCUACGUUCCAAACAACCAGUCUGCAAAGACAUGGAUAAGAGCGUAUGGCUCUCAGCACAAUCCGGAAAGCAGAUAAAUGCGCAUGCGAACAUAGCAGGAAUGGCACUCCUGAUCUACGAUUACUACCUCACGAUUGACCAAGAAGUAAAUCUAGUCUGGGCGCGAAGAUGGAGCUUCGGUCAAGUUAUUUACAUGCUCGCUCGGUAUCUGCCCUUCCCAGCUAUCGCCUUGACUGUGGCUCGCGUCCUGGAGACUGUGAACAAUGAACCGUGCCCGAACUUGGACUUGUCUAAUGCGUUACACAUGGCAAGCGUCGUAUUUGCUGAAGCGCUACUCAUAUUGCGUACAAUGGCAUUCUGGGACCGCACUCGACAGAUUGUGUUGACUCUAUCUGUGCUCGCAGUCAUUUGUCUGGGUGGAGCGAUAGGAAUCACGGACUACGUGACCUCCAAGGUGCCAGACAUGCCCACGUUGCCGACAGACGAAUGCCCAUUCAAGUUUAACAGAGGCGGAUCCAUAGUAUAUGCUUUCCUAAUGCUCCACGAACUUGUAUUACUAUCCCUAAUCUCUUACAGAUGGUUUUCGUACCAUCGCUACGCACGGUCCAAGAUCAUUGUCGUCUCGUAUAUAGAUGCUGUCGCGUAUAUUUUUGCUAUGCUGAGCUUGUCGGUUGCAUGUGUGCUUGACAUUACAGUCGAACCGUCAUAUCACAACGACUACUUUGACAACAUACAAGUAGUAGGCCACUCGAUAUUUUGCUCGCGCACCUAUUUUCAUCUCCGCAAGACCGCUGAGUACCAGUCAAGACGCUCAAUAACGGAGACACCGUUUGAUGACCUGACAGUAGCAGUAGAACUAUCGUCAAUGGUAGAAUAUUCGGAGUCGCGGAACAGACGAAGUAUUAUGACCUUACAGCAUUAAAUCAUACCAUUAACGAACGAACAUGUCAUAGUCUUCUAUAUAGUUGUCUUGAUCCUCAUGAAACGCAUCAUGUCUGGUAUAUAGGCGACAGUAUAUCGCCAAGCAGUCUACCGCUAAAGCGCAU